CGAUGUUUGUAAACAUUGUGAAAUGUGAACAAUAUUGUUUUAAUAAUAUAAGACGAAAGUUUAACAUAUAAUUGAUACUUGAACUAAGUUACGUUACAUAGUACGUUUGUUAUGUAUAAUAUCAAUUAACCUGGUCAUAAAAUCAGUUUGUAAACAUCUACACUUCACUACAGUUCAAAUUUACAGCAACAAUAUAAGUACUUAAUUUACUUAAUCAUUGACAACUGCAAUCAUGUUUAUUUAUAUGAGCAAGAAGAUAGCUAUACCAAAACAGUCCAAUGUCACAUGCCUAGCAUGGAAUCACUCUUCAAGUUAUAUUGCUGUAGGUGGAGAGGAUGGAAUGCUAAAAGUUUUAAAACUGGAAUCAGGUGGUAGUGGUAAUCUUUCAAUGAACCUCAGUUUGGAAGGCCACACAGGAAAAGUUUGUGUAGCUAUAUGGAAUGAAGUUUUUCAAAAAUUAACUACAAGUGAUGAACAUGGAGUCAUAAUUGUUUGGAUGUUAUACAAGGGUUCCUGGUAUGAAGAGAUGAUAAACAACAGGAAUAAAUCAACAGUAACCAGUAUGGCUUGGGGUUCUGAUGGUCAAAAGAUUUGUAUAGCUUAUGAAGAUGGUGCAGUUAUAGUAGGUUCAGUAGACGGCUCCCGCGUGUGGGGCAAAGAUAUAAAGGGACCAGGGUUAAGGGCAGUUCAAUGGUCCCCAGACAACUCGCUACUACUGUUCGCACUUUCUAAUGGAGAACUACAUUUAUAUGAUGAUCAAGGAAAUUUCACGAUGCCAGUAGCGAGCAAUGGAGUGCCAGAAGCCGCGGAAGUUGUAUGUAUGGAUUGGUUUUCUGGCAGAGCUCCCACAAACCGUCCGGUUCUAGUCAUAUGCUACAGAAACGGACUUUUGCUCUUAAUGAAAAACUGUACAGAAGAGGAAAGUGUACUAGUGAAUACAAAUAUGACGAUGGUAGAUUGUAAGUGGAACCACAACGGCUCAAUACUAGCAGCAGCGGGCCGCACCCAGGAGCAAGUCAAUGUUGUGCAGUUCUUCACUGGCUUUGGAGAGCAUAUAAGAACUCUGCGUGUGCCGGGCGGAUCUAUGCGCGCCCUCUCGUGGGAACAAAGGUCCCUGCGCCUUGCGAUCACUAUCGACUCCUUCAUAUACUUUGCCAACGUGAAACCGGACCACAAGUACGCCUUCUAUGGGGACACGCUGGCUUUCGUAUCCAGUACGGAUACAGUGACGUUUUGGGAUACAAUCACACACCAGUCGUGGAUAAACCACAUCCCUGAUGUCGUAGACAUGUGCGGCGUUGACGAGUAUUGUAUCAUCGCUACCAUGUCCACGCUGAUCAUAUCAAAUCAACAAGGAAUUCAGUGUGACGCUCAACCUAUUACAUUAUCCGUGGCCUACGUAACUAUUAAUAGCAAGGCUAUAGCAGUUGCGGCAUCUAAGGAGAUUUUCAUAAUUUGGAGAUUUUCUACGCCAUCUAGACAACGUAUUAUGGAACAACAGUUCUAUGCUGAUGGAACUCCUUAUACAUCCGGAGAAGGUGGUUUACACGACGACACGAUUUGCUGCAUUACGUGUUCCGAUAAUCACCUGUUAAUUGGUAGAGACUCCGGUACAAUUCUGCUUUUUUCGUUGUUGAACUUCAAGAAAAUAACGUCUAUCAAUAUGAACACUAAACCUUACAAAAUGGGUCUCAAUUCAAACUCAAGCAAGUUCUUUGUGAUUGAUCAAGGCGGGUCAUUGUACAUUCUGGAGACGGAGAUGGCGCACAAUGUCAGUGUAGGGCAGGCACUCAGGAAGGAGGUUUGGGGCGCUCGAUGGGCAACCGAUAACGCUCAGUUGCUGGCGGCAGCGGAGAAGGCGAGACUAUAUGUACUGCGCGAUGCCGAGCCAGAGGAACCGCUGCCCAUGCAGGGCUACCUCUGCAGCUUUAAGGACUUGGAAAUUACAACGGCACUACUAGACACCAUAACUGAAAAGUGUGCUCCUCAACAUAUAGUGCGAGUAGAAGUGAAGUCUUUGAGGGACACUCGACAACUGCUCGAGAAGGUUGGACUAAAGGAAGCAGAGAGUUUUAUAAAAGACAAUCCACAUCCGAAAUUAUGGCUGUUACUAGCGGAGGCUGCACUGAAAAGCUUCGAAUCGGAGUCCGCCUUGGAGACUGCAGAAGCCGCUUUCGUGCGGCGAGGCGACUAUGCCGGCGUGCGCUUUGCAUCACGGCUUCACGCGCUUCACUCACCUGCUCUCAAGAAAGCCGAAGUCUUGGCCUAUUUUAAGGAUUUCGAUGCUGCCGAACAAAUAUAUCACAACGAGGACAGACGAGAUCUUGCGAUCGCACUGCGCAAACGCUUGGGGCACUGGUUUCGUGUGGUGGAACUGCUGAAGACGUCGGUGAGCACGACCGAUGCUCAGGUCAAACAAGCGUACAGCAAUAUAGGCGACUAUUAUAUCGAUAGACAAAAUUGGGAGGGUGCUUUGGAGUAUUACAAAAUGUCGAAUAAUACUGAAGAUCUCAAAAAAUGCUACAUGGCGUUAGAAGACAACGAAUCAUUGGCUAAGCUGAGCUCAGCACCAGCCAAAACUUACAAGGAGAUAGCAUCGAAACAGAAUUCUGAAGAGGGCACUGACAGUCUACAAGUACCCUCAAUUCUUGCCAUAACUCAGCUAAGAGAUAGUGAUCGGACUUUGCAAGCUGCCGCUAUGGCUUUUCAGUUAGCAAAUUUAGAAGCAUCGAAAGCAUCCUCACCGUUAAGAAUUAAGAAACUGUACAUCCUCGCUGGGCACUUGUAUAGUCAAAAUUCUAUCGAGGGUGCGGCGGCUCGGUCGGCGGCUCGCUGCCGGCGGCUUGCGCGCGCUGCGCACUGGCUAUGCGCGGCGGCUGCGCGGGCGCACAUUCCCCAACCGCGCACGGAAGCUGCGUUACGCCUUGCCUCUCGCCUGGCACACGAGCACGAACACUUCCACAGAGCCCAGCACGUACAGGUUUGGAGUACCGUUGCAGCUCUUACAUUACAAGGUAGAGCUUUUGAUCUUUGUUCCAAAGCACUGAUUAAAUUGGAAGCAGUGGAUCCACAUACUUUCGAAAACAUUGCUAUUGAAAUCUUUACAAAAUGUAAACCGAAAGAUGUCAAGGGAAACACAAUUGAGUGCCCUCAGUGUCAAAUAAAAAUACCAGAUUGGGUGGCGUCGUGCGCGGCAUGCGGCGCGCAGUUUCCGGGAUGUGCGGUGUCGGCUCGACCGCUGGUGGCGCCGCGGGCCGUGUGGACGUGCCGCCAGUGCGACACACAAGCGCAGCAACACGAGCUGGUGUUGCGCCACUCCUGCCCCACGUGCCACACUCAGCUUACGUCGCACACCGACAAACCGGCUGCCGCGUAUACUGAGACCGUUCGGGCAGAUCGUUCCAGCACUCAUGCGGAUGGGAAGUUCGUGUGAACUGUAUCCACGCCAAUGGGUGUUCUUUUCAUUGCACGCCCUGGCACCGACACCGAGAUUAGUGGACGCAUAAUUCGCUAGUUCAUGACAAUACCAGCUGUUGCGUUCUUCGCUGAGUGUAUGACUGUUUCACUUCCUGGGACAAAAAGUAGCCUAUAUCCUACCAAAAAACUAACAAAACUUCAAUGGCAAAAACGAAGUUGUUUGGUUACUUACUUAGGGUAUAUAGAAAAAACAAACAAACAAACACAGUUUUAGUAAGGAAAAGGAUUCUGCAUAUUGACAAAUAUAUUGCCUGCAUGCGGGGCGUAUAUAAAUGGGUGAAGUAUUGGCAAGAAAUAUUUUCAAUAAAUCUAUUAUAAAUAUUGACUGUAUGCUGACAACCGCUGUCUCACUGGAACGGUCCGAAGAGCAUGUCGGUGCCGGCGCCCGCCGACCGACACGCGUAGCAGCAAGUUUCCCACGGGUGUCGGUCCAGCAUCGCUGUGUUGUGUAUGCCUGCAAAACUUUAUGUGUACGUGCGAUUUUCGUGAUUAGUGACCCCGCCCGUUUAUUUAUACUUCGUUUAUUGUGUCUCAAAUAUCCCUACUAAUAUUAUAAAUGCCAAUGUAAGUUUGUUUGUUUCGCUUUCACGCAAUAACUACUUAA